UGGCAGGGACAUUUGCUGCUGAUGAAAUUGUGAACGGCCUCUGUUGUAGCUAAAUAUUGGCAACAUAUUUUGUAUGUUUGACACAUCUCGGAGCAUCUUCUGACGGUCAUCAUGUCUUUGGAGUGCGUUGGGAUGGUAAAUACAUUUCGAGAGGCCGGGAAUAGCAGAAGAAAUUUUAAGCAAACAGACUGAAUAUGUUCCUGACACAGGUGGAUGAUUCUUGGAAUAACGUUAAGUUAGCUAUCUUGGAUUCGAAACGUAUGGAGAAAAACACCAAACGCGGAUGUAAAUUAGAAUGAUUGACAAAACGAACAAACUAACUUUACUGGGAAGAUUACAUUUGACAAAAUGUCCUCAUAGCCAGUCCAAUUUAGUUUCAGAAUCAGAGAUUGACCAUUUGGCUUGUUAGCUAGUUAACGUUUGCUCGCUAAUUAAAGCGUCCUUCAAGAUAUUAGAGUGGGGAUGUUUGGAAGCGUUAAGUCAAUGUUAUUAAACAUGUCAGUCAGUAAGCAAGCCUAACUAUUUCAAUUGGACAUGCCUUAUGUAAAAAGAGUCAAUUGUUUUUAACUAGCCAAGUUAGCUAGAAAGCUAUUUAUUUACUCCAAGGUUGGCGUAUUUUCAUCCACUGGCACGCACUGUCAAGUACAACGUAAAUCGCAUUGGCUAAAAGCUAGCUGGCUAGCCUGUUACAAUGGUCACACUUUGCAACCAAAUUGUGGAUAACUUUUUGGACCUUGUUAGCGCAUGUUAACUAUUUAAAAUAACUUUAACGCGUUCGUGGUUUUUAUUGCAUCCAGUUUAUAACAUGAAACUCAUUUUAUAACUGAUAUAACUGAUGUGUUAGGCAGUCAGUUGUGUAAGCAAGAAGGUUCCCUCGCGUUAGUCCCAAUGCAAUGAAUGAGUGUUUUAGAUAACACGCAAAAUUGAUCAAGUCACUUACUAUUACAGUAACUCAUCUUUUUGUGUGUGAUAUCGCUUCACGUUUUUUUUGUGAAUCAUAGCGACCUUUUCUGACGUUAGCCUGUUGUUGCCUCAUUAAUAUGUUGGUUCUUAGAACAUUCUAUUUAGUUUUAUCGCUAUUUUGACAAGUCACAUGUCACCAAUGUAUUUGUUGAAUUCCAAAGUACAAAUCAAAGAUCAUAAUUCUAUGGAAUUAAUUAUAAAUUAAUCUGAAAAUGCAAAUUUGUCUAGUUGACAACAUUUAAAAGUGCAUGCUUAGACGGGGUAAAUGAGUCUUGGAUCAUUUAGGCAACAACUAGGGCAAGUAGACAAAUCAAUAAAUAUGCGGAAGUACACUGGUUUUAAGCACUAAGGUGUUUACACAGUGCUAAAAUGUCAUAAAUUCAAAACGAGACAGUGAAGGCAGGUGUUUUAUUUACCAUCAUGCAACAUCUGCCCAUGGAUCUCGUCAAGGAUGUUGUCUACCAUGUGUAGAAUAACAAUAUUGAAAUUGAGGAAGAAUUGGAUGUUUGCUUUGAAAUAAAUGAUAAUUUUCUAGUUUACUGGGGAAUUAGCUAUCUACUCAAAUGGAACAUACUCUGAUGUCUAACCCUCUGGGAUAUUCAGAGUGGGAUUCAGAAUGCAUACCCUCCCACGGAUUCCUCCUCAUGGAUUCAGACAAAGGAGCCAUGCUGCCUCAGAGAGAAAGUGAUCAGACAGGUUUGGAUUUCCAGAAAGUCAACCAGGGUGUUUCUCUAAGCCUGGAAGAGCUUUUUCAGGAGAACGCCUUAAAUUUAGAUAGCCUUUUCAGGACCUCCACUUACUCUGGUGGAGACCAGAUCUUGCCCUGGGAGGGAUGUCAAUCUAAUCAUUCCCAAGAUGUCCCCCUGGGUAAACCAGCAGAGGUUUGUCUCAAAGACAAAAUUGAGGAACAAAACAAUGUCAGUGACAGCCCACUACCUGGGCUGUUAUUCUCCAAAAUGGCUAAUUUGUUCAGGGACAUCUCAGCCUGCGACGAACAAAAUCCACCUCUGGGUGACAGAGACCCUGUUACCUGUCACAGGGAGCUGAUAACCCUCAGUGAACAUCCUUCCACUGUGAAGGUUUCAGAUAGGACUCCAGAUACUAACACUGAGGCAUCCUCUUUGUUGAUAGUUCACCUCUUAUCUGAACACUCCCCUUUUCCCUCCGGCCCUGCUCCUUCAGAUGAGGUAAACCCACAAGGUGUCUGUGAGAAGCUUUUAUUUCCAUCUCUGGAUCAGGACAGAGGCAAACCUCCCUUGCAAGGUGGGGAGACUGUGCCACCUGAAAAUGGGGACAAAGGUUUAUUCCUAGGACCUGUGACUAAUCGGCCCACAGUCAGUAACAUUACCUCAGAAGGUUUACUUGAGAGCAGCCUCUCACCCAACACCAUCCCUUUUGACCGCCCUAGCCUAUCUCCAGAGGUUCAGGUGGGAUCUUUGCUGGAUCUGGAAGUUCCCGACUGUGGCCCCAGCCUCUACCCUACUCAUCUCGACUCACCUACCUGCACAGGUGCUCCAUCAGAUUCAACUGCAGAGGAUUCAGAGCAGGAACACACGUUGGCUACUACAAUCCUGACUCUCUCAGACCACAGAGGUGAGGGGGACUCGGCCCUCCUUCUGAACUCCUCACCAUUGAUUGAACCCCUGUUGCCAAAGGUACUCUCUGACAGAGAUGCUUUGAUCCCGGGUCACCUGCCCAGUGGCUGUAGCUCAGAUAAAAAUGGCUCCCAGGAUUUGAUGGAAGACAAAAUUAUCUUUGAUGUUACUAAACACGAGGGAGAGGAGGAAAUGGCUCUGGAUCAGUGCAAUACCUCAGAUGCGCUACGUGAUGAGGAAACUUGGGACUUGAAACUACCCGAGGCUAUACAGGGUGACGGUAUUCCUGCUUUACAAAUUGAACAGAGCGAUGAGGUAAGGUUGGCAGACUUGGACCUAUUUGCCAGAACCACAGAUUGUCACAAACAGGAUAGUUUUGAUGGCCUGGUGCUGGAGAUGAAUGGUUCGUCUUCUGAGUCUGGAUGGACAAGUGAACAAGCAGUGGAGAAUCUGUCACUCUCUAAGAUGGUGGGGUCUGAAUCCAUGCCUGUGGUUCCCAUAGUGAAUCGGAGAGAGGAAGACCCAUCACCUCUGAAGGUCGUGUUUGAUGCUCUGGACCAGGAUGGGGAUGGAUUUGUACGCAUUGAGGAGUUUAUGGAGUUUGCUGCUGCCUAUGGGGCUGACCAGGUGAAGGAUCUGACCAAGUUUCUGGAUCCUAGUGGGCUGGGGGUGAUCAGCUUCGAGGACUUCUAUCGAGGAAUCACGGCCAUCAGCAAUGGAAGUACAGCGCCCCAGCUCUACGAUGUGCACUUCAGCCCAGGGGACGGAGCAGUGGGCUGCCCAGAGGAGUACGAUGAGCAGAACGAGGUGACGGAUAGUGCCUACCUGGGCUCGGAGAGCACCUACAGCGAGUGUGAGCUGUUCACCGACGAAGACUCGGGAGCCCUAGUCCAGCCAGAGAUGCACGAGGAUGUGGAGACGGACAGUGGCAUCGACGCAACGCUGCACGACCCCGAGGACAGCCACAACAGGUUCUCCUUGAGCUCAGAGCUGCACAGCCUCUCCCUGGUGACAGUGAUCGGCAGGGAGGAGGAGCACUUUGAGGACUUUGGGGAAAGCAACACCUCGGAGCUGCUGCUGGACACCACUGAGGAGGGGACAGAUGGAGAGGGAGACUCAUCCCACCUCCAGACUCUGGACCAGAACAACUGCUCCUCCCUGCUACUCUCUCCCAGCGCCCCAACUACUCUCCCUGCAAGCUUUCAGAGCUUCCUUAGGGAGGAGGCGCUGGACUUUUUCUGUAACCAAUGUCACAAACAAAUCUCUCGCCUGGAGGACCUCUCCACUCGCCUCAAUUUCCUAGAGAUGAAUAGCUCCAGCAAGAGGCUGUCCAGCAAGAAAGUAGCACGACACCUCCGGAACAGCUCCAUGACGCUGGACAGCAUGGGCGAACUGUCCCGGGACAUACUGGAUCUGGCCGACACCGACAUCACUGAGAAGGUGCUCCUGCUGGAGCGUCGUGCAGCAGAGCUGGAGAAGGACUCGGAGGCCAGUGGGGAGCAGCACACACGGCUCCGCCAGGAGAACCUGCAGCUGGUGCACCGGGCUAAUGCCCUAGAGGAGCAGCUCAAGGAGCAGGAGCUCCACGCUGAGGACCACUUCCACCAGGAGACCCGCCGCCACAAAGACGCCCUCUCCAAGCUGGAGCGGGAGAUGAGCCUGGAGCUGGAGAACCUGCAAGCUAGGCUGCAGCAGCUGGAUGAGGAGAACAGUGAGCUGAGGUCCUGUGUACCCUGUUACCGUGCCAACAUUGAGAGAAUAGAGGAGGAGAAGAGUAAGCUAGAGGAUGAGUUGGAUGAUGUGACUGAGAGGCUGGACGAGGAGCUGGAAACCCGCAGGAAGACGUCCGACAAGCUGACCCACGAACGCCACCAAAACCAGAAGGAGAAGGAGCACACGCAGGAGCUGAUUGAGGACCUGCGGAAGCAGCUGGAGCACCUACAGCUGUACAAGCUGGAGGCAGAGGCCAGGAGGGGGCUCUCUCCCAGUGCUGGGCUGCAAGAGUACCAGAGCCGCACCCGUGAGGCCGAGCUAGAGCAGGAGAUCCGACGCCUCAAGCAAGACAACCGCAGUCUGAAGGAGCAGAACGACGAGCUAAACGGCCAGAUCAUCAACCUGAGCAUCCAGGGAGCCAAGAACCUGGUGACGGCCUCCUUCUCCGAGUCACUGGCGGCUGAGAUCAACUCUGUGUCCCGGGGAGAGUUGAUGGAAGCUAUCCGCAAGCAGGAGGACGUCAACUUCCGACUACAGGACUACAUCGACCGCAUCAUUGUUGCCAUCAUGGAGUCCAACCCCUCCAUGCUGGAGGUCAAGUACUAGAGAUGGCCAUUUUGGAACAGGGUAGCCUGGCGGUCUCUCCGCCUCACUGGACUGCCAUACUGGGAGAGACUGGCUAAACACUUAAAGACUGACUGCUGGGACUGACCACAAAUAUACAGUACCAGUCAAAAGUUUGGACACACCUACUCAUUCAAGGGUUUUUCAAAACUAUGAAAUCACACAAAUGGAAUCAUGUUGUAUGUAAAAAAAAGAAGUGUUAAACAAAUCGAAAUAUAUUUUUGAUUUUAGAUUCGGCCUUGAUGACUGCUGUGCACACACUUGGCAUUCUCUCAACCACCUUCAUGAGCAAUGCUUUUCCAACAGUGUUGAAGGAGUACCCGCAUAUGCUGAGCACUUGUUGGCUGCUUUUCCUUCACUCUGCGGUCCAACUCAUCCCAAACCAUCUCAAUUGGUUUGAGGUUAGGUGAUUGAGGCCAGGUCAUCUGAUGCAGCACUCCAUCACUCUUCUUUCUCAAAUAGCACUUACACAGCCUAGAGGUGUGUUGGGUUAUUGUCCUGUUGAAAAACAAAUGAUAGUCCCACUAAGCGCAAACCUGAAGGGAUGGCGUAUCGCUGGAGAAUGCUGUGGUACCCAUGCUGGUUAAGUGUGCCUAAAAUUCUAAAUUCUAAACACCUCCUCCAUGCUUCACGGUGGGAACCACACAUCUGGAGAUCAUCCGUUCACCUACUCUGCAUCUCACAAAGACACAGCGGUUGGAACCAAAAAUCUCCAAUUUGGACUCAUCAGACCAAAUGACAGAUUUUCACCGGUCUAAUUUCCCGAGUGGCACAGUGGUCUAAGGCACUGCAUCUCAGUGCUAGAGGCGUCACUACAGACCCUGGUUCGAUCUCAGGGGUCCCAUAGGGCGGUGCACAAUUGGCCCAGCAUCGCCCGGGUUAGGGGAGGGUUUGGCCGGGGUAGGCCGUCUUUGUAAAAUAAGAGUUUUUUUCUUAACCGAAUUCCCUAGUUAAAUGAAGAUUAAAUAAAAAAUGCCAGUUACAUCAUAGCCCGUAAAGGCUUUUGCGACUGCAGUUGAAGAAACCUUCAGAGUUCUUCAGAUGUUCCGGAUUGACUGAUCUUCAUGUCCUAAAGUAAUGAUGGACUGUCAUUUCUCUUUGCUUAUUUGAGCUGUUCUUGCCAUAAUAUGGACUUGGUCUUUUGCCAAAUAGGGCUAUCUUCUGUAUACUACCCCUACCUUGUCACAACGCAUCCGAUUGGCUCAAACGCAUUCAGAAGGAAAUCAAUUCCACAAAUUAACUUUUAACAUGGCACACCUGUUAAUUGAAAUGUAUUCCAGGUGACUACCUCAUGAAGCUGGUUGAGAGAAUGCUAAGAGUGUGCAAAGCUGUCAUCAAGGAAAUGGGUGGCUACUUUGAAGAAUCUCAAAUCAAUUUUGAUUUCUUUAACACUUUUUUGGUUACUACAUUAUUCCAUUUUGUUCAUGACUGCACUAUUCUUCUACAAAGUAGAAAAUAGUAAAAAAUAAAAAAAAACACUGGAAUGAGUAGGUGUGUCCAAACUUUUGACUUGUAGUGUGUGUGUGUGUGUGUGUGUGUGUGUGUGUGUGUGUGUGUGUGUGUGUGUGUGUGUGUGUGUGUGUGUGUGUGUGUGUGUGUGUGUGUACACACAUAUAUAUAUAUAUAUAUAUACACACAGUUGAAGUCGGAAGUUUACAUACACCUUAGCCAAUACAUUUAAACUCAGUUUUUCAUAAUUCCUGACAUUUAAUCCUAGUAAAAAUUCCCUGUCUUAGGUCAGUUAGGAUCACCACUUAAUUUUAAGAAUUUGAAAUGUCAGAAUAAUAGUAGAGAGAAUAAUUUAUUUUAAUUUUAUUUCUUUCUUCACAUUCCCAGUGGGUCAGAAGUUUACAUACACUCAAUUACUAUUUGAUUGCAUUGCGUUUAAAUUGUUUAACUUGGGUCAAACGUUUCGGGUAGCCUUCCACAAGCCUCCCACAAUAAUUUGGGUACAUUUUCUAUAGGAUUGAGGUAAGGGCUUUGUGAUGGCCACUCCAAUACCGUGACUUUGUUGUCCUUAAGGCAUUUUGCCACAAUUUUGGAAGUAUGCUUGGGGUCCAUGUCCAUUUGGAAGACCCCAAGCAUACUGGAAGAUGUUGCUUCAAUAUAUCCACAUAAUGUUCCUUCCUCAUGAUGCCAUCUAUUUUGUGAAGUGCACCAGUCCCUCAUGCAGCAAAGCACUCCCAUAACAUGAUGCUGCCACCCUGCUACAACUGUGCUUCACGGUUGGGAUGGUGUUCUUCGGCUUGCAAGCCUCCCCCUUUUUGCUCCAAACAUAACUAUGGUCAUUAUGGCCAAACAGUUAUAUUUUUGUUUCAUCAGACCAGAAGACAUUUCUCCAAAAGGUAUGAUCUUUGUCCCCAUGUGCAGUUGCAAACCGUAGUCUGGCUUUUCUAUUGCGGUUUUGGAGCAGUGGCUUCUUCCUUGCUGAGCGGAAUUUCAGGUUAUGCCGAUAUAGGACUCGUUUUACUGUGGAUACAGAUACUUUUGUAUCUGUUUCCUCAAGCAUCUUCACAAGGUCCUUUGAUGUUGUUCUGAGAUUGAUUUGCACGUUUCGCACCAAAGUACAUUCAUCUCUAGGAGACGGAACGCAUCUCCUUCCUGAGCGGUGUGACGGCUGCGUGGUCCCAUGGUGUCCCAUUGUGUACUAUUGUUUGUACAGAUGAAUGUGGUACCUUCAGGCGUUUGGAAAUUGCUCCCAAGGACGAACCAUACUUGUCGAGGGCUACAUUUUAUUUUCUGAGAUCUUAGCUGAUUUAUUUUUGGAUUUCCCAUGAUGUCAAGCAAAGAGGCACUGAGUUUGAAGAUAGGCCUUGAAAUACAUCCACAGGUACACCUCCAAUUUAUUUAAAUGAUGUCAAUUAGCCUAUCAGAAGCUUCUAAAGCCAUGGCAUAAUUUUCUGGAAUUUUCCAAGCUGUUUAAAGGCACAGUCAACUUCAUGUAUGUAAACUUCUGACCCACUGGAAUUGUGAUACAGUGAAAUAAUCUGUCUGUAAACAGUUGUUGGAACAAUUACUUGUGUCAUGCACAAAAGUAGAUGUCCUAACCGACUUGCCAAAACUAUAGUAUUUUAACAAGAAAUUUGUUGUGGUUGAAAAAUGUGUUUUAAUGACUCCAACCUAAGCGUGUGUAAACUUCCGACUUCAGCUGUGUAUAUAUGUACUGUGUAUAUAUGUACUGUAUAUGUAUAGCUAUUUUAGGUGGGAAGAAACACCCCAAUUACCCUUAAAGAAGAUUUUAAUGGAAAAUAAAAUUGUCACUCUUUGUGGCUGUUAUCUGAGAAAAUAAGGUACGUGGUUUUAACGUCCCUGGCAUUUGAGCUUUGCUUUGUGUGCUUGUCUGUUCCCCCUGAAUACAGUAGGAUUUGGUUAUGAUGACUUCCCUGAAUUUGGGUAGAGGGACCUGAGUUUCCCUUGUGUGUGCGAAUGUGUUUUCUAUGCGGGAACUCUUUCGUGAGUUGGACUGCAUGGAAGAGCUAGUUAACUUGUUGCUGUCCCCUUAAACAUAUUUUAGACAAUUAGAUCUUAUGAGCCUCAAUGCUAACAUGAUUCUAAAACAUGUCCUUCAACUACAUAUCAGCCGAUACCAUCGUGAGAUCAGUAAAUGAAUGAACUCAUGGGACGUUUUGUCCUGUUUCUCCUGUAUUAGACUGAACUGUGUUUAAACCACAUUUAAACAGUAUGAAGCACUGGUCAGGAGACGAGGUCAAAUUAAGUCGACCCUGGCUGCUCUCUUGAAUACAGUCUUGUGGUGCCGCCUACUACAUUAACCGUGUUUAUCCUGAUUUGACUUGGAUUUUCUUCUCAGUGUGAGUUAAGGCAACCCAGGUAAGACCGGUUUUACAAUGAAACAGAGUCCUAGGGAGUCAGGUGGGCUAAAUACUCCAAUAAGAGAACACUAACCCAUCACAUCACUCCCUCUAAUGUAACUUUGGGGUAGUUAAAAACGGACAAAUACAUAUAUAGAUACUGUACUAAAUGAUGCUCAUACUGACAUGAAAUAAUUGGAUGGUGUAACUUGGACACUAAAUCAAAUUGAGAGAAAAUGUUGCUCUGACUAGUUUGUAUUUUUGUAUUUGAGCUGACUGCACUGGGAAGUGUAGUUAUUUGGCAUGUGACUGACCCAACUGAUCCUUAGUGGACUCAAGCUGAGUGAAAGCAAAAAGGGAGCCAUCUUAUCAAUUGGGAAGUACAUGUCUGGUCUGCUUGUUACCUAUAACUUACUUUCCAUGAAAUGUUGAUAUAAAAGCUGAAUAUAUUUGACAUGUUGAUAAAAAAGCUGAAUAUAUUUGACAUGUUGAUAAAAAAGCUGAAUAUAUUUGACAUGUUGAUAAAAAAGCUGAAUAUAUUUGUAAUGUUUUAUUGAAGGAAUGGAAUCGGUUGUACCUAAGACAAAAAGUAUUGUUUGUAAAAAAAUAAAAUGUAAAAAGUUUAUUGUUAA